AUGAAGGCGCACCAGGUCACUGGCGGCACAGGAGCACGCAAGCCCCCUCAGAAAAAAGGCGCAGGAAAGGGUGGCAAGGGUAAGGGAGGCAAAGGAAGUGUGCCUACCGAGCCGAGCCUUCCCAAUCCUGGCAUGGCUAUGAUGGCUAUGGGUUGCGGCUGUGGAGGUUCUGGGGGUUGCGGAGGUGGCUGCGGUGGCUGCGGACAGCGCAUGGGAGGUUGCAGCGGCAACUGCGGAAGUCUGCAGAUGAGCGGGAACAGCUGCAAGGCCCCGCGGCCGCGUGAAGACCGACAUACAUCACAGCUGGAGUUCCUUUAA